GUUGCCAACUCCGCGCCGUCGGAAUCAUUGUCCCACUCCCCUCUCGCACAUCCCAUGGCUCGCCUCCUCGCGCGGACCCUAACCCUAGCUCGCCCCGCGGCUCCGCCCUCCGCGUUCCGCUUCCGCACCUCCCGCGCGCUCUCGGCCAAGGUGGAGUUCGUCGAGAUCGACCUCUCCGAGGAGUCCCCUUCCUCCGCCUCCUCUGCGGAAGGAGGCGUGGGCGACUCCGCGCCACCGAUGGGGAUGCGGCGCCUGGAGGACGCUAUCCUCGGGGUGCUCGUGCGGCGGGCGGCUCCCGACUGGCUCCCCUUCGUGCCGGGUGGCUCCUACUGGCUGCCGCCGAUGCCGCGGCCACUCGGGGUGACGAACCUCCUCGGCGCGGCCGUCUACACCGCGAGGGGCGCAGCGGUUAUGACGGAGGAGGAGGUGAUGUGCUUCACCACGCCACGCGGGUGGCCGUCCGCGGCGUACUUUGUGGAAGGAAAAUUUCCACAUCCGGUGAAGAGAGCAAGGGAAGAUGCUACUCAGACUGAUGAUGAGGAAAGCUAGUUUAUCUAUGCUACUUUACCUGGGGCUCCUACAGAAGAGGAAGCUCGGAGCUGUGAAAGUCCACUGAUGGUGGUACAUAUAGACGGCUAGGGACCCCAGCAACAAGGAAUCCCCCCUUCCAUCUCUGUGUUGGAAUAUGAUGCAUGCGCACAGCUGCCACCAAAUGCCAUGAAUAUGAUCCUCUGUAUUCUGCAGAACCUAGCACCUGGAACAUUGGGGGGGGGGGGGGUAAGGUUCUCAGAAGGUGCGGUGCAUGGUGUAAUAGUAUUUUGGCCAUGCUUUGCCUUUUGAAUAAACAUGUGCUGUGCUGAACGCUUGAGGCACAUGACUGCUCUCAGCCUCUGGAUGCUCUCCAUCAAUGUUUAACACCAUCGUGGGCUGUGGAUUCCUUCUGAGUUUGAACUAAGACGACGGCACUGUGUAGUCUUCCAACCAUGUCACUGAUCUUGGAGUGUUUCUGUUGCGUGUGUGCAAUGAACCGAUGAUGUUUUCGCUUUUAUUUUUUCUGAGUGGUGCUUCUGGUAUGUCACAUGUUACCUGCAUUGGACCCUUCAGCUUUGUAAGAGAGCAUGUUCACUUCAUGUCU